CUUUGAAACAGGUUGAGGUUGAGGUAUCCAAUCAGAUUCCUUUGUCAGCUAAUGUACAAAGUACUCCAUUUAGCAAUACAGAAAAAGAUUAAUUGUCUCCUUCUUUAUUCUCUCUCAAUCUCAUUAUUAGUUGCUGGUUUUGGGAGGAAGAGGGUUUCCACACAAAAACAAAAACAACGUGCGCACUUAUCAUUUUUGUCCAUGAAAUUCUUCUUCUUUUUUAUAAAACAAAUAAGGGAAGAUAGGGAUUUCCUGGGUUUGGUCUUUGUAUUAAAUUAGUGAUUAAAUUGCUUCAAGUUUGCUUGCUUGCUUUGGUGUACAAUUAAUUAUGAGGGCUUCUCAAUCUUAUUCCUUUUGAUCUACGCGUAAUUUCUGCAGCUGAGGUAACUGGUUCUUGUAAUUGGGAGCCUGCUAUAUGCUAUAUGCUAUAUCUCAGGAUUCAGGAAGCGCGUAUAUUCUUUCUACCAAAGCAGAUUCCUUUUCGUCGGAUAGCGGACUGGGAUCGGACCAUAUUUUCUUUGUCUCUUUGGUGAUGCCAUUCUUAUUAUCAUGCAUACAUCUACUAUCUUCUUGAACAAGAUGGAAUGCUAAUCAGGCUCAUUCAACUUGUGUCUCUCAUUAUCUACUAGGAUUAAAUUGUAGACGUUUUCACCUCAUAAUAACAUGAUUUUCUGAAUAUAAAGCUUAAUUUUCGAGGACUUGUACGAGGAUGAAGUCAAUGUUGAAGCAGGUCCUCUUGCUAGUUGUUAUUUUGGUGGCCCUUGGGGUUUAUGUCACCGCAGAGUCUGGACAGGUUAGUCAUCAGAAGUUGAGAGUUGCACCAUUGAAGGACUUUAGAAAUGAUGUUACGGAAGGCACUGGCGCAAAAGAUGUUUUCAGUUCAGAGACCACUUCUGGCAAUCUUAAUGAGGGGAAAGCUGUAAACACCAGAGUUUCUGUCACAACGGUUGCAUUGUUUACGCUAGCAAUGGCCGCUGCCAGUGGUUUUGGGGCGAUUCCUUUCUUUUUUGUGGAGCUUGAUCCUCAAUGGGAGGGAUUAUGCAGUGGAUUGGCUGCUGGAGUCAUGCUUGCUGCCAGCUUUGACCUUAUACAGGAAGGCCAGGAGUAUGGUCAUGGAAGUUGGGUUGUCAUUGGGAUAUUAUCAGGUGCCAUUUUCAUUGCCCUCUGUAAGAAGGUGCUUGAUCAGUAUGGUGAGGUAAGCAUGCUCGACAUCAAAGGUGCUGAUGCAGCAAAAGUUGUUCUUGUAAUUGGUAUUAUGACUCUACAUGCUUUUGGAGAGGGUGCUGGUGUUGGUGUCUCAUUUGCUGGCUCAAGAGGUUUAUCUCAGGGUCUCCUAGUGACUUUAGCCAUUGCUGUUCAUAAUAUACCAGAAGGAUUGGCUGUAAGUAUGAUGCUUGCUUCAAGGGGGGUGUCUCCUCAAAAUGCAAUGUUGUGGAGUGUGCUUACUUCCUUGCCCCAGCCUCUUGUGGCGGUGCCUGCGUUUAUAUGUGCUGAUGCUUUUCACAAAUUCUUGCCUUUCUGCACGGGCUUUGCUGCUGGAUGUAUGAUCUGGAUGGUUAUUGCGGAAGUUCUUCCGGAUGCAUUUAAGGAAGCUUCCUCAUCUCAGGUAGCAUCAGCAGCUACACUCUCUGUGGCAUUCAUGGAAGCACUGGGCUAUAUCUUUCAAAAUUUCAGUAAUAACUACAAAUCAGAAGAUGUUUCUGGCUUUGUCAUCUCGUUACUAUUUGGUUUGGGGCCACUAGCUGGCGGUAUUGUCCUUGUUGCAUUUGCUUUUGCUUUGCACCUACAGCAUGCACUUUUGACCGGUCUAGCUUGUGGAAUUGCCUUUGUCCUGGGCGCCUGGCGUCCCAUGCAGCUACUUUUAUAUUCAAAAAUGGGAUUUCUUCCACUCCUAGUGCUGCUUGCCCUGGGAGGUUUCAUUGUACAUGUUGUAACUUCCAGCAUCUUAAAUGUGGCUAAACAAAAGAGGACCUCAGCAAAUUCCUUAUUCGCUGUUGGUGGCUGUUCGCUGAGUGCCCUAACAAUACAGUCGUUUUUAUCUUGCACAGCAAUCGCGUUCCAUGCUUUGACAGAAGGCCUUGCGCUGGGUGUUGCAGCACCAAAAGCAUACGGGAUUGGGCAGUAUAUAGUGCUUCCCGUAUCUCUACAUGGGCUAAUUCGCGGGGCUGCCGUGGCAAGCUGCAUUCUUGGGGCUACAAAUAGUUGGCAUGGGUCCCUUGCAGCCGCCACGCUGAUUGGGUUGGUGGGUCCCCUAUCGGCUAUUGGAGCAAUAAUAACUGGGAUUGACUACUAUGGACUGGACCACUUGAUGGUGAUUGCAUGUGGGGGUUUACUCCCAAUUUUUGGCAGCAUAGUUGCGAGAGCCAUGAAGUUGGAUAGACAAAAGUGUAGUUUUGGUAUGAUAAUUGGUAUAGGUUUUGCUAGUGUGUGUCUUAUGUUCACAAAGUUGGUCUGCUUGAACACACCCUAUUGCAAUUCUGCCCCAGAAGCUGUUCGAUGAUAAUGCUGAUUGUAGCUGAUUGCCUGUUGCUGCAAUCGGCAGAUAGAUAAUGGAAAAUUUAUCAAAGUAUCAUGGUGAAUAUGAAGAUUCGUAUUAAAAGGGUAACUGAUCUGCUGAUGGUCUGGGCAUGGGCUUGGAUGUGGGUGUGGUAGAAAUUCUCCAUCAGGCUGUACAUCUGAUUCAUACACUUGUUAGAUAUUUGUUCAUUGUACAGCAAAUUUUAGACAGCUAUUUUAGCUGAAAAAAUAUUUACUUGUUGAAACGCUUAAUUUUUGCUGCCUCACCUAUCACUGAAUUCUGAAGUUCUAGUGCUGGUUAUCACACAACCUCCGAUUGAAUAGAAGCAGCUACAAUUUCUAUCAGA